CUCCGAGGGAGGUCGUCCGUCGGUACCUCCAGCCUUGCGCAUGCGCAGCCGAGAUAGCAGCGCCCGGGCGUGGAGGCGCGGGUUUGGUGGCACUUUUUAGCAAAGUCGCACGUGAAGGGCAGCGGUGGCCGGAACCUGAUCCACCAUGCCUGGUUCAGACAGCAGCAGAUCGCCGUGGGGCAGGCGCCUUCUCAGAGUUCUCCCCUCAGUCUUCCUGGCCCUGGUCCUCCUACAUGCGGCGUCAGCCCAGUCCCAUCAGGACUUCGGCUCACCUGGCCAGCGGAAGAGGGAGGUCCCCACAGACCGCCUGAGCCAGAUGGGUCGGUCUUUGCGGGAGACCCUGGACGACUGGGUGGGCCCAGAGACUACGCACCUGGUUUCUGAGACCUUGUCUCAGGUGAUGUGGGUCGUCUCCUCCGCCAUCUCUGUGGCCUUCUUUGCCCUGUCAGGGAUCUCUGCUCAGCUGCUGAACGCCAUGGGGCUGGAUGGGGAGCUCCUCACCGAGGGCCUGAAGCUCAGCCCCAGCCAGGUGCAGACUUUCCUGCUGUGGGGCGCCAUGGCCCUGCUGGCCUAUUGGCUCCUGUCGCUGCUGCUUGGCCUGCUCUUGGCCCUGCUGGGCCGAAUCCUGUGGGGCCUGAAGCUCGUCCUCUUCCUGGCCGGCUUCGUGGCCCUGGUGCGCUCCGUGCCCGACCCCUCCACCCGGGCCUUGCUCCUCCUGGCCCUGCUGACACUGUACGCCCUGCUCAGCCGGCUCACGGGCAGCCGGGCCUCUGGGGCCCAGCUGGAGACCAAGGUGCGGGGCCUGGAGCGCCAGGUGGAAGAGCUGCGCUGGCGGCAGAGACGGGCGGCCAAGGGGCCCCGCAGCGUGGAGGAGGAGUGAUGGGGUGCCCGCCGCACCGCUGCCAUAGGUCGUACCAAAGAGCUGAGCUGCUUCUGGGUGGCUCAGCCUCCUCCCCGCCCGGCCCCUGCCCUGCCACCUGCCUCCCCAAAGCUUCAGUACCUUUGUGUCUCUCUAUACCCCAGGCUGAGACAGAAGACCAGCUCUGUGGGGGGCCCUGUCUUCUGAGGAACUCUUAACCCCCUCUCUGUACCCCGGCCUGUCUGGGCCUCUCUCAGCACUGCCCUAGGCCUCCACCCCCAGCCUUUACCAGAUACCUUGCCUUCCCCCAAUGCCUCUGGUCUCCCCCCUUGCCAGGCCCCCAGCCCCUGUCCUCCCUUCCAGCCUGGCAUUGCAGCCAGCCCACAGUGCCAGGUGUGCUGCUGUCCUCCAGCCUCUGGGAGGAGGCAGGGCCCAUGUCACUGAGGGCAGGGUUGUGUGUGGAGUCUGUUACAAGUGCCUUAAUCCCAGCCAUCGGUUUCAGCCUUCUCGCCCAGCGACUGUGUGUGGCGCUUUGUGUCAAGUGGACCCAGGAUCCCUUCCUGCUAAACACACGCGCACACACACACACACACACACAUUCUCUCUUUCUCUCAGUCCCUCCUUCAGCCAGAGCAGGGCCCCCAGCUGCCCUGUGAGAUUUCCCCACAGAGCCAGGAAGAAGGGAAAAUGCACAGCUCUUGGGGGGUCUACACCCCCCCCCCACUGCCAUCAGGGAGUAAGCUGUCAGCAGGCCACUCUUGUGUUCCAGGGGGAGCCCCAAGUUGACUCCCUCUCCACCUACUCUGUGGAGGCCACUCCAUCUCCCUUUGAGGUGGGUGUCCUCCAGCCCGGCCCCCACCUCGUGAUGUGAAGAAUAAAACAAAUGCCCAGCUCUUCCUGUUCAGGUCUGGUGUGGAAUCAGCUGCCGUGAGCUUUAUUUUUAUCAAUGCUCGGUUUGGUUUUAAAUAAAGUGCACACUAUUUUAUUAACUCCA